AUGGCGGCGGCGGCGGCGAGCGGAGCUGGCGGGGCUGCCGUGGCCGGAGCAGGGGGAACCGGGCCGGCGGGCCGCUUGCUCCCUCCGCCCGCCCCGGGACCCCCGGCCGCCCCCGCUGCGGGACCCCCCGCGGCCGGCCCGCCGCGCCCCUCAGCCCCGGCCUCCCGCGGGUCCAUGCCCGCUCGCAUCGGCUACUACGAGAUCGACCGCACCAUCGGCAAGGGCAACUUCGCGGUGGUCAAGCGGGCCACGCACCUCGUCACCAAGGCCAAGGUUGCUAUUAAGAUCAUAGAUAAGACCCAGCUGGACGAAGAAAACUUGAAGAAGAUAUUCCGGGAAGUCCAAAUAAUGAAGAUGCUUUGCCACCCUCACAUCAUCAGGCUCUACCAGGUUAUGGAGACAGAACGGAUGAUUUAUCUGGUGACAGAAUAUGCUAGUGGAGGGGAAAUUUUUGACCACCUGGUGGCCCAUGGCAGAAUGGCAGAAAAAGAAGCCCGACGGAAGUUCAAGCAGAUCGUCACAGCUGUAUAUUUUUGUCACUGUCGGAACAUUGUUCAUCGUGAUUUAAAAGCUGAAAAUUUGCUUCUGGAUGCCAAUCUGAAUAUCAAAAUAGCAGAUUUCGGCUUCAGUAACCUCUUCACUCCUGGGCAGCUGCUGAAGACAUGGUGCGGCAGCCCUCCCUAUGCGGCUCCCGAGCUCUUUGAAGGAAAGGAGUACGAUGGGCCCAAGGUGGACAUCUGGAGUCUUGGCGUUGUCCUCUAUGUGCUUGUGUGCGGUGCCCUGCCCUUUGACGGGAGCACGCUGCAGAACCUGCGGGCCCGGGUGCUCAGUGGAAAGUUCCGCAUCCCAUUUUUUAUGUCCACAGAGUGUGAGCACUUGGUCCGCCACAUGCUGGUGUUAGACCCAAACAAACGCCUCUCCAUGGAGCAGAUCUGCAAGCACAAGUGGAUGAAGCUAGGGGAUGCCGAUCCCAACUUUGACAGGUUAAUAGCUGAAUGCCAGCAACUGAAGGAAGAAAGACAGACAGAACCUCUGAAUGAGGAUGUCCUCUUGGCUAUGGAGGACAUGGGGCUGGACAAAGAGCGGACACUACAGUCAUUGAGAUCAGAUGCCUAUGAUCACUAUAGUGCAAUCUACAGCCUGCUGUGUGAUCGACAUAAGAGACAUAAAACUCUGCGUCCUGGAGCACUUCCUAGCAUGCCCCGAGCCAUGGCAUUUCAAGCACCAGUCAAUAUCCAGGCGGAGCAGACAGGCACUGCCAUGAGCAUCAGCGUCCCCCAGGUGCAGCUGAUCAACCCUGAGAAUCAAAUUGUGGAGCCGGAUGGGACAGUGAACUUGGACAGCGAUGAGGGUGAAGAGCCUUCCCCCGAAGCCUUGGUUCGCUACUUGUCAAUGAGGAGGCACACGGUGGGGGUGGCUGACCCACGGACGGAGGUCAUGGAGGACCUGCAGAAGCUCCUUCCCGGCUUUCCUGGAGUCAGCCCGCAAGCCCCAUUCCCACAGGUGGCGCCUCACAUGAACUUCAUGCACAACCUGCUGCCCAUGCAGAAUCUGCAGCCAACAGGGCAGCUUGAGUAUAAGGAGCAGUCUCUGCUACAGCCACCCACUCUUCAGCUGCUGAAUGGAAUGGGCCCCCUUGGCCGAAGGGCAUCAGAUGGAGGAGCCAACAUCCAACUGCAUGCUCAGCAGCUGCUGAAGCGCCCACGGGGACCCUCCCCGCUUGUCACCAUGACACCAGCAGUGCCAGCAGUUACCCCUGUGGACGAGGAGAGCUCGGAUGGGGAGCCCGAUCAGGAAGCUGUGCAGAGAUACUUGGCAAAUAGGUCCAAAAGACAUACACUGGCCAUGACCAACCCUACAGCUGAGAUCCCACCGGACCUGCAGCGGCAGCUAGGACAGCAACCUUUCCGUUCCCGGGUCUGGCCUCCUCACCUGGUACCUGAUCAGCAUCGCUCCACCUACAAGGACUCCAACACCCUGCACCUCCCCACGGAGCGUUUCUCCCCUGUGCGCCGGUUCUCAGAUGGGGCUGCAAGCAUCCAGGCCUUCAAAGCUCACCUGGAAAAAAUGGGCAACAGCAGCAGCAUCAAACAGUUGCAGCAGGAAUGUGAGCAGCUGCAGAAGAUGUACGGGGGGCAGAUUGAUGAACGAACCCUGGAGAAGACCCAGCAGCAGCAUAUGCUAUACCAGCAGGAGCAGCACCAUCAGAUUCUCCAGCAGCAAAUUCAAGACUCUAUCUGUCCUCCUCAGCCUUCCCCACCUCUUCAGGCUGUAUGUGAAAAUCAGCCCGCCCUCCUCACCCACCAGCUCCAGAGGUUAAGGAUUCAACCUUCAAGCCCACCUCCCAACCACCCCAACAACCAUCUCUUCAAGCAACCAAGUAAUAGUCCUCCCCCCAUCAACAGUACCAUGAUUCAGUCUCAUGGUGCUACACCUCCCUCCCAGUUUCAAGGCUUACCCUCUCGCAGUGCAAUCUUCCAGCAGCAGCCUGAGAACUGUUCGCCUCCUCCCAAUGUGGCACUUACCUGCCUGGGCAUGCAGCCGCCCACCCAGUCACAGCAGGUGACCAUCCAAGUACAAGAGCCGGUUGACAUGCUCAGCACCAUGGCGGGGGCCACUGCAGGCUCCGCUGGGAGGGGCAUCUCCAUCAGCCCCAGUGCUAGCCAGAUUCAGAUGCAGCACCGGGCCAACCUGAUAGCCACCUUCAGCUACGGGCAUCGACCCUUGUCCAAGCAGCUGAGUGCUGACAGUGCAGAGGCCCACAGCUUGAAUGUCAAUCGGUUCUCCCCUGCUAACUACGACCAGGCGCAUUUACACCCCCAUCUCUUUUCGGACCAGUCCCGAGGUUCCCCCAGCAGCUACAGUCCUUCAACAGGAGUGGGGUUCCCUCCAACGCAAGCCUUGAAAGUUCCUCCACUUGACCAGCUCCCUACCUUCCCUCACCAGCCGCCACACUAUACUACAUCGGCACUACAGCAGGCUCUGCUGUCCCCCACGCCGCCAGACUAUAGCAGACACCAGCAGGUACCACACAUCCUUCAAGGACUGCUGUCUCCCCGGCAUUCACUCACUGGCCACUCGGACAUUCGGCUGCCUCCAGCGGAGUUUGCACAGCUCAUUAAAAGACGGCAGCAGCAGCAGCAACAGCAGCAGCAACAAGAGUAUCAAGAAUUGUUCAGGCACAUGAACCAAGGGGAUGCUGGGAGCUUGGCACCCAGCCUCGGGGGACAGAGUAUGACAGAGCGCCAGGCUUUAUCUUAUCACAGUGCUGACUCCUAUCAUCACCACACCAGCCCCCAGCAUCUUCUCCAGAUCAGGGCACAAGAAUGUAUGUCCCAGGUUUCCUCGCCAACCCCGACCCACGGGUAUGCCCAUCAGCCGGCACUAAUGCAUUCAGAGAGCAUGGAAGAGGACUGCUUGUGCGAGGGGGCCAGGGAGGGUUUUCCAGACAGCAAGCACUCAAGUGCACUGACCAAAGGUUGCCACAACAGCCCUCUGCUCUUGAGUACCGGUGGACCUGGGGACGCGGAAUCUUUGCUAGGAACCGUGAAUCACGCCCAGGACUUGGGGAUGCAUCCCUACGGACAUCAGCCCACUGCCACAUUCAGUAGAAAUAAGGUGCCCAGCCGAGAUGCAGUCAUAGGGAACUGCAUGGAUGGAAGCUCUCCGGGACAAGCAAUGGAGCUGCCAGAUCACACCGGGCUGGGGUACCCGGUGCGGCCCUUGGUCGGAGAACACCACAGGCCCCGGACCCUCCAGAGACACCACACAAUCCAGAAUAGCGACGAUGCCUACGUUCAGCUGGAUAACUUGCCAGGAAUGAGCCUGGUGGCUGGGAAGGCACUGAGUUCGGCCCGGAUGUCAGAUGCGGUUCUCAGUCAGACGUCACUCAUGGGCAGCCAGCAGUUUCAGGACGGAGAAGAUGAAGAAUGUGGGAUAUUCUGCUCAGCUACAAGCACCCUGAGGUCUCCUUCAGCAUGGAGCAGGCGGGCGUGUAACGAGACCGAGAAUCGCGUGCAGCUUGGGAAGAAAGCUGAUUGUAACCAACAGUGUCCAGCAGCAUUGCACCAAAUUGCCAUUGUGUUUCUCCCCGCCCAGAGCCUUGCAACUCCUUCCUUCCAUUAGGCUCAUCAGUGUGCUGCUGUUUGGGGUUCUGAGGGGAUUGCUAUGUUUGCUUGUAUGACCAACUCACCAAGGAAAUAAACAGGAAAUCCAUGUUCUCCACCUUU